ACCACGUGAUCUUGACCUACUUUCGAUUUGAUAACAGUUGCAAUGGCUUUUAGAUUAGCACUUGUUCAGUUGGCUGUGUCGGCAUCGAAAGCUGACAACUUAAAAAAUGCUGCCCGACUGAUAAAACAGGCAUCACAGAACGGAGCAAAAGUAGUAGCAUUGCCAGAGUGUUUUAAUUCUCUAUAUGGAACGUCUUAUUUCAAGGAUUAUGCAGAACGUAUACCAGGUCAGUCAACCGAUGUGUUAUCUAAGGCUGCUAAAGACAAUAACAUUUUUCUGAUCGGUGGGUCAAUCCCAGAAGAAGACAAUGGUAUAUUAUACAAUACUUGUACAGUAUACAAUCCAGAAGGGAACAUGAUUGCUAAACACAGAAAAGUUCAUCUGUUUGAUAUUGAUGUACCAGGAAAAAUUUGUUUUAAAGAAUCUGAAACAUUGAGUCCAGGAAAAGAUUUCACCACUUUUGACACACCAUACUGCAAAAUUGGUAUUGGAAUUUGCUAUGACAUCCGAUUUCCUGAAUUGGCAUACAUCUAUUCUGAUCUUGGCUGUAAACUUCUGGUGUAUCCAGGUGCAUUUAAUAUGACAACAGGCCCUGCCCACUGGGAACUAUUACAGAGAUCCAGAGCAAUAGAUAACCAACUGUAUGUGGCAUCAGUUUCACCAGCUAGGGAUGAAAAAGCUACCUAUAUUGCAUGGGGACAUUCUAGUGUUGUCAGUCCAUGGGGAGAAGUUGUAGCAACUACGGAACACGAAGAGACAAUUGUAUAUUUUGACAUUAAUCCAGAUUAUGUAGAUGAAGUUCGAUCACAAAUCCCUAUACGAUCUCAAAAGAGAAGUGAUUUAUACAAACUAACUAAAGUUUCAAAAUAACAUUUUCUAGUUAGUUUUUAAGAAAAGAGUCAUGCAGUGCUGGACAUCUGCAUAGAAUUUGAACAUUUUGAUUUAUAUAAAUUCCAGUAAUGACAUGUACAAUGUAUAUGUAGAAAUUGGCAAUAUAUGCAGUAUGUGUUGAACAAUAAACAGAAUAAACAGUGAAAAUAAAUAC